CGGGAUUCAAGAUUGCUGGUAAAGAACCGGUUCUACAAGACGAUACCGAGCCUGAUUGGGUUGUGUUCCAAAUCGUCAUGACCAAACCCGCCCUGCGAACACCCCGCAUAUCCGGGGAUCUCGCCGAGCGACAGAUCUUCAUUGUGGAAUGUAAAAGACCCAGCAAAGAUACGCCUGCCGAGUGGGAAUCAGCGAAGGAUCAAUUACUCCACUACUGCGAAGGAAACGUUAAUGGAACAACGCGGGUGUUCGGGGCCACGGCAAUUGGAACAAAAGUCAAGUUUUGGAGAUUCGACUACCCGAGACUUACCCCCUUGUCUGCUGGUGAUGAAACAUACGACCUCCUUGACCCUCGUGGAAGCAACCAAGCCGAGCAGUGCCUGAACUACAUUCGGAACAACGGCUGGAACUGGGUACAGUCAGGCACUAUGCUUCCCUGAAUGAGCUUUCACCAUCUUGCGAUUUGGAACUCUUCCCGUAUAUUCUAAUCUUGGUAUAACCGUACCAUGUCAUGCGCUAUCAUUGGUUUACCGCUGCUUCGUGCUUUGCUAUCUUUGCUGUUUUCGCUAUUUUCGAUAUUUUGCUAUUUCAUUCUCGGGUACAAAGAGGAAUGGUCAAUGUUAUUUUCGGCUUGAUCUAUAACCCUCAUUGUUAGAUAUGUUUUCU